CAAGAGCGUGACAGGAGAGAGAGAGAAAGAGGACGUCUCUGUGCAUGCAAGCUGGGCUGCAAAGAUGACUGACGCGAAAAGCGUAUCAUCCGCGGAGGUGCCAGAGGGGAAGUUAAUAAAGAAGGGUUCCAUCAAGAAGAAGAUCGAAUCAUUAAGGCGAUGGAGUUCAGCUAGCAUAAAGAGGGCUCCGAAGACCAAGGCCAAGUCCUUGAGUCUAUCUUCUCCGGUGGGAGACCCUGAUGACCUCUGGCUUCAAGAGGGAGACAGGAGAAAGCUGCGACCCAUCGUCGACUCAGUCUUCGGACAGGGGGACUCGUCCGUAGAACGAAGCGGCGCCCCGUUGGCUGCCGCCAUGCUGGGGGGCCUGGGUGGUGCAGAUGAGGUGAACACGGAUGAUGAGGAGGAAGGAGCGAGCGAGCGGGACUUCGAUGAGCCCCUGUGCGCUCUGGUUAAGAACUGCAACAUGCUGCACCACCUAGUGGGGCCUGCUUGUAUCUUCCUCAGACAGGGCUUCGCACAGAGCCAACUUGACAGAGACCUACGACCAGAGGAAAUGGAAGAGCUGCGUGAGGCAUUCAGGGAGUUCGACAAAGACAAGGAUGGCUUCAUCAGCUGUAAGGACCUGGGCGAGUGCAUGAGGACUAUGGGAUACAUGCCGACAGAGAUGGAACUGAUAGAACUCAGCCAGCAGAUCUGUGGUGGCAGAGUGGACUUUGAGGACUUUGUGGAACUGAUGGGUCCCAAAAUGCUUGCUGAGACUGCAGACAUGAUUGGAGUCAAGGAGCUGAGGGACGCCUUCAAGGAGUUUGACUCUGAUGGUGACGGUCAGAUCAGCCUCGGGGAGCUGAGGGAAGCCAUGAAGAAGCUGAUGGGGGAGCAGCUGAACCACCGCGAGAUAGACGAGAUCCUGCGAGACGUUGACCUCAAUGGGGACGGACAGGUAGACUUUGAAGAGUUUGUGCGAAUGAUGUCUCGCUGACUCUUCACCAAACCUCGCUCUCCUGCACUAACAUGGACCAGACUGCACACUGUUAAUUUUCUUGUAAUUCUUCUUGAUGUACAAAGACUCAUUGAUGUCUGUAGUUUUCUGUUACUUCAUCAUCUCUCAAGUAUAAGAGAAUCCAUUCAAUGUGUUACUGUUGUAUGAAUGUAAUAAUGUAAUAUGUGUUUAACAUGUAACAAGAGAUUGUAGAGUGAUGACUCACCAAGUGGUUUAACCAAAGCUUCUCUUUAGAAGUGGAUUUAAAUUAGAAUAUAUUUUAACUGAGGAUCCGAUACCAGCAAUAAGUGUUAAUAUUUACAUAUAUUUAAAUAUAUAAAUAAAAAACAAAUCAGUUUAUGUACAUUACUCAAGUUACAUUAAUGGGUCAGUUCACACAAAGUCUUCUAUCAGUCAAGUUAAAAUGAGCAGUAACGGUAGAAGUUAGUUAUGGUGUUAAGAUUUCCGAGAAUUUUAAUAUUCUCUUUUUGUAAUUUUAGUGAACUGGCCCUUUAAAUAUGCAGUUUACCAUAUUCCUAAAGUGAAGUUUGGCGUUACAUUAAUAUGAGGAUUUAUUAUCACAAUUUCAAUAAUGCCACAUCUAAACUCAAACAAAACUUGACUGUUAUGACUGACUGGGAUAUUAAUGUAGUGUAGAUAGCAAAAGUAAAAUGGGAUUAUGUAUACACCUUUAUUGCACAAACUAUCACAUACAGUCAGAGCAAAUAUUAUAUAUAUUACAUUAUAUAUAUAUAUUUUAUGCACUCAUAUUCAUGUUUAAUGUUUAAUUUGUA